AGAGUGCUACAAGGGAAAGAGCGCUGCAUUCCAUAUCUGGAAAUUGUACGUACGGAUUGUGCAUUUGACUAGGGCAUUAAUUUCCAAUGUCACUGUCUCGUCCACCUCCCCCAGUGGUAGGAAAAGUCACUCAUUACAGCAUUGAAUUGUUCUGGAAUGAAGCACUGGAUAAAGCUAAGGAGGAGGUGGGAGGCAAGGAAUUGGUAAAGGUGUGUCUCCAGGAACAGGACAGACACAACCAGUGGGGAAAUGUCUACACGGGAUAUGCUCCCUCACACGUUGUCACAGGGGCAGACCCUCAGACCACGUACAAAUAUAGGAUCCGCUUCAUGACCAACAAUGAGAACAGUGAAUGGAGUCCACACUUAACAGUAUCUACCACAAAGGAACCACUCAAUGGAGAGCAUCUACACAGAGCCAUUAUUAGGGAAGAUCUCAUGGAAAUAGAGAGAAUACUGGAAACUGGAGAUGUACCAAUUGAUGUUCCUGAUAAGUAUGGUUUCACUGGACUUAUGCAGGCUUCACAGAAAGGCUACACUGAUAUUAUGGAGAUCUUGAUAAAACAUGGAGCAGACGUUAAUGCCAAAAAUGAUUCAGGCAAAACAGCGUUAAUGUUGGCAUGUUUUGCUGGUCAGUUUGAAGCUGUGAAGCUUCUUAGGCAACAUGGAGCUAAGUAUGAUGAUUAUGACCGGGGUGGAUCCACACCUAUCCACUGGGCAGUGGAUGGGGGGAACACUCGACUCCUGGAGUGGAUCAUCAAAGAUGGAGCGGAUGUUAACUUGAGGGACCACUCUCAUGGAUGGACACCAUUAAUACGCUGUGCCUCAGUGAAUGGUAACCGCAGUGUGGCUUUGACCCUGCUGGUAGCAGGUGCUAACAUCAAUAUUCAGGAUAAGGAUGGGAAGACAGCUCUAAUGGUAGCUAUAAUCAAUGGUCACCAAGAUCUGGUGGAAUUACUGCUACAAAAGGGUGCAGAUAUCACUGUCCAAAAUCUGUAUGGUAAAACUGCCUAUGAGAUGGCUCACUCCAUGGAAAGAAGGAAAAUUGCACGAACACUUGAAGAUUAUGUACAAAGCAAAGGCAUAAAGGUCAAAGGAGCCAUUCUGGCCUGAUAGGAUCAAAGGGGCAACAACUCUCAGCACAAUACACUAUGUUAAAACACCAAACAGGAAAUUCAUUGAGGGAUUAGGAGAUCAAAGUGUUUGUUUGUUAUAGCAUUAGAUUACACAUAGAUGUGAUACUCAAACACUUGUUCAGACAUUGGAAAAGAUUUUGAAAUGAUUGUCCAGUAUAUACUUCAAUAAUAAGUUUGUUGACAUUAUGUUUAAUUCUGUGAUAUGUUUGUGUAAAUUGUCUUGCUUUUUCUCUCUCAAAAAAAAACCAACACAUUAUCUGUAAUUGUGAGAGGGCUUAUUCAACACAAAUUAGAACAUUUAAACCAAGUUUAUUCUGUUACAAAAUGCUUAAACAUAUUUUAUUGGAUGUACUUCCCUACCUGCUUGUUUUUUUUCCAUCAGGUCUCUUAGGCAAUAUGCAAGUAUAGCUUUAAUUUAAUUCACUAAUUACACAAGAUGUCAUUACCUAAAUAUGCAAGAUUCAUCCUAGAAAAUGAUGCAAUUUAUGUAUGUAUAAUUAAAUAUAACUUCGUAUUAUUUAUGCUGUUAUUGCUGUUUAUUAUAAACAUUUUCAAGGUUUACAUUAUGCAUUCCAUUGGACACAAAAUGUUUUGUCAUCUUUCAUUGAUCACUCUUAAGUCUAUAUUGUAUGUCUACAGUUGGUUUUAUUUUUAUAACACUUAUGCCAUGAUACAUGUUAUUUUAAAAUAUUUUUUAAUUUACACCUUACACCAAAAUGUUGGCAAUAUUUAAGGUCCGUCCAUGUUACGUUCUUUCAUAGUUUACUUAACUAUAUGGUAUCUCAGAAAUAUUGGAUACCUCUGUAAAAUUUUCAAAAUAAAUCAUACUUUUUUUAAGUAUUCCAACACCUGUGAAUUAGAUACAUGUUUUUGGAUUCCUAAAUCAAAAGAUCUCAGGCCUUCAAGUGUGUGAUGAUAAAACUGCUUUAUAUUUCAAGGGAAUGUUAUAUAGCCUGUGUUAUGUGAAUCAGAUCUGUAGAGGUCAGAUACCCUCCAAGUCAUCCAAGUGCUUUAUACAAGGGAAUAUUACAAAGAUUGUUAUGUGAACCAGAUCUAUAGAGGUCAGAUGUCAUUCCAAGGUCUUCAUAUUUUCUUGUCAUUUAUUUCUGUUAUUAGAGAUAAUAUCAGAGAAAAAUCUUUAUAAUCUAUAUGUUACUUGUGAAAUGUUCAAUAAAUUAGACUAAGGUU